GACGAAUUCUUAACGUGGCUUGAACCGGUGAACCAAUGGAAAUGGGUGCCCUAAAAUCGUCGGCGUUGAUCGUGGCGGAAAAUUGGAUGUAUUUUCCGAGUUAAAUAUUUUAGGCGGCUGACCUGGAAGAUAAGCUGAUGGCUAUACGUCCACAUAAUAAUCCCCCAAGCAUAAAAGCAAUCGUCAAAUCCCAAUCUCCUCUCCUCCUCUCCAUCUAUGGAGAAAAUGGCAAUUAUGCUCAGUCCAGUAGUUGUGUUACCGGCGAAUGUAAAGCCAUCUGUCUCAGCGUUCGCCUCUUUUCCGGGCGUCUUCAAAUCUUCAGGCCAGAACCAGCUCCUUAGAAACACCAAAAGCUUGGUAGUAAGGGCCUCUGCGGUCGCAGUUGAGCAGCAGGCCCAGAAGGCGAAGGUUGCCAUCGUCAGAAUUGGAACUAGGGGAAGUCCACUCGCCCUUGCUCAAGCCUACGAGACACGAGAUAAACUAAUGGCUUCACAUCCCGAGCUGUCCGAAGAGGGUGCCGUUGAUAUCAUAAUUAUAAAAACCACUGGUGAUAAAAUAUUGAAUCAGCCACUUGCAGAUAUUGGUGGAAAAGGACUGUUCACAAAAGAGAUAGAUGAGGCCCUUAUUAAUGCAGAAAUUGAUAUUGCAGUUCAUUCAAUGAAAGAUGUUCCAACAUAUCUUCCUGAUAAGACAAUUGUGCCCUGCAACCUUCCUCGUGAGGAUGUUCGGGAUGCAUUUAUUUCUCUAACUUCUGCUUCACUGGCAGAACUUCCUGCAGGAAGUACUAUUGGGACUGCUUCAUUAAGGAGGAAGUCUCAGAUACUUCACUGUUAUCCCUCACUCAAGGUGCUUGAAAACUUCAGAGGCAAUGUUCAGACACGGCUAAGGAAAUUGAAUGAUGGGGUAGUUCAGGCAACAUUGUUGGCACUAGCAGGGCUGAAGCGCCUCAAUAUGACCGAAAAUGUCACUUCCCUUCUCCCUAUAGAGCACAUGCUUCCAGCUGUCGCUCAGGGAGCAAUAGGAAUUGCCUGUAGAAGUGAUGACGAGAGAAUGGCUAGUUACAUCGCUUCUUUAAAUCACGAGGAUACCCGACUUGCAGUUGCUUGUGAGAGGGCUUUUCUGAAGGCAUUAGAUGGAUCUUGUCGGACUCCAAUCGCUGGGUACGCCCAUCGUGGGGAGGAUGGAGAUUGCAUUUUCAAGGGUUUGGUGGCCUCCCCAGAUGGAACUCGAGUACUUCAAACAUCAAGAAAAGGGCCAUACACCUUUAAUGAGAUGGUUGAGAUGGGUGAGGACGCUGGGAAAGAACUCCUGUCACAGGCUGGGCCAGGGUUUUUCGGCAACUAAGUUAUUGGGGAGUCGGAUAUAAGAUGUGAUGGGGAAUGAGAUAUAAGAUGUGAAGGAGGAGAGCUUGAGGUUUCCGUACCAGUCAUGAUAAUUGCUAGCCAUCAUCAUGCCUUAAUUUCACUGAAGGUGUAACCUGGCAGGACGUAUGCUCAGAUAUAGGAAUGGUCUCCCCAGUUAACCCAUAGACUGCACGAUUCACAAACGGUUUAGUUAAUGUAUGAUAUGUUAGGUUAAAACUGAAUAUGAAUUUUUUUUGUCAUUCGUGUAUCAAUCUCCUCUUUAUUUUUUGAUCCCACUUUGUUUCAUUGGGUGUCCGCGACUUUUAGACACUACCCUUCUAAGUAUUGAGCCUUUACAUGGAA